UCAUUCCAGGGGAGCUGCAGUCGGUGUGGACUUGUUCCACAAACUUGAGUCGUUGGGAGUUUGGACAGUCACUGGGCCAGUGUGACUUUGGCGUUGGGGAGCGUCGCUGCGUGAUAACAACAGUGUAGUCUUCUCCUUUUCUUUCUGUGUUAGGAAUAUUUUUAUUUUUUUUAUCUCAGUAUGAAUCACAGGCACGGCGAGGUGGACUGGCGGUGGAAAGUUUUCACACUGUUUUUAAACUUUCAGUUCACUUACGGGUCUCCCCCCUCGUACGACUUGUUCCACGGGUCCGCAUACACUGGAGUGGCGCACAGACACAGGAGCAGGAACUGGUGCGCCUAUGUGGUGCACAGGAACGUGAGCUGCGCCGUGCAGGGGAGUGUGGAGAGCUUCCAGGAGCCCGUGGUGGCCCCCUGCCCGGCAUACCAGCCCGACUGCCAGCACCAAGUGACAUAUAAAACUCGGUUUCGACCCACAUACAAGAUUGGCUACAAGACAUUCACAGAGCUAGAGUGGAGAUGCUGUCCUGGUUACCAAGGUCUGGACUGUAAAGAUUCAAAACCACCCCCAGAUCGACAAAGAGUGCAGGGAACACAGCCAUACCUCCCACCAAGUCCUGGACAUACAACCAGACACACACAGAGGCCAGAGCGGAGAGAGACAGGCCACCAUGAAACCAGGCAUGGUGGGACAGACAAGGUGCGUCUUCUGGAAGGGGAAGUUCAGCGCCUCUCUCAGACAGUUCUGGAUCUCCAAUCUGCUUUGACAGGGUUAACUGCUAACCUCCGCACAGACCUACAGGAUGACACAAAGAAGAUGCUGGUGACACUUCUUAACAACAUGCAUCCACCCGACAGUGCUACGACCACAGGUACAGAGGAGAGCCCAGCAGUGCUAGAUGGUCAUCAGGCUACCAGAGGUGGGAUUGCUGGAGACAAGGCCAUAGAAAAAAUAGUGGCCCGGUUGGAUGAUAUCAACAAUGCACUGAAAAGUAAGGAUGAAGCCCUGGAAGACCUAAGAGGAACCAUGACAAGCCAUGAGGGGCAGAUCCGUGUCCUUAUGGAUGCCUCUCAAUCUCAGACUCCAGCCAUAGCAGAGUUUGAAGUUAUACAGACCUAUAUUGAUGGGAAAUUUGAGAAGCUGAAGAAGGAACUAAACCAGAAUGCGGAGGAACAGAUUGCCAAGGUACACAGCUCAUGCAAUGACAAAAUCCAGACCUUGCAGAAGACCUGUGAGGACAGCCAUGACCAAGGUUUGGUCAGCCUGACCAAGCUGGUGGAUGCUAAGGAGGCUGACCUGAGAAAGGAGAUCCGGGCAUUGCGUUUGGACAUGGCUGCCGCAGACGGACCUAUAAGAACUCAAAGGCAGACUGAUCCAUCUAAAGAAGAAGAGAAUCGUGGUGAACACAAAGACCUGUGGCGCGAGAUUGAUCGUAUUGCAGACGCUCACCGCAUCCUGAAUGUACGCAUUGACAAUGAGCUGGCACACCUGUCUGAACCUCAAGAAGACAAUGAUUUCAGCAUGCAGAUUGAGGAACUAGAGGCACGUAUAAAUAUCACAGAGCAAAAUGCAGAGACUCACUGUUUCUACAUUGAAGAGAAGCUGACCCGUAAAAUUGCUGACGAAGUGGCAGCACUUCGUCUGCUUCUCGAUGCGCGUCUGAACAGCAUGGAGGACCAGUUCACAAACAUGCUGGUGGAAAUCAGCAACAGUUCAUUCCCAGGGAUGUUUGGUGACUCAAUGGAUGCCAUCCACGUAGAAGUCAACAACAACAAGUUCCUCCUCCAAGGUUUGGAUGAUAAGAUCAAUGCUGUUGGAGAGCUGUGCUCUGCGGGAUGCUCAGGCUCAGGAAUUACUGCUGGUGAAGCAAGUUCAUCAUCCAAACCGAAAGGCGUAGAAAACAUUCUGAAGGACCUGAUCAGGUAUAGGAAUGAUUUGGACAUUCUUCACACAAAUGUCAGUGCCACCACAAACAAAGUAAAGCAACUAGAGGAGAAGGUUGAAAGGCAAUCAGUCGAGAAUGAAAGACGCGCCAAGACGAUGGAUGACUUCCAGAAAGGUCUGGUUAAUCUACAAGAUAAUGUGCUUGGUCUGGCUGGUGCUGUUACAGGGUUGAGUGACUCCUUGAGCAAAUACCACCAGGAUAUGGACAGAAUAAACUCAACAUGCUGUCACGCAGAGCAAAGUGGCACUGGUAGUCCAGCAUGGAACAACCGGGCAUCAGUCAUUGCAGUACCCGGCAGUCAGGCGGACGACACCAGACGUCAGGUGGAGGAGCUGAGUAACAGGCUUGACAUGUUCAGUAAACAGGUGGCGUCUGAGCUGGUUCAAUGUAAACAGAACACAAAGGUGUCUUCUGAUGGCAUUUCCGCUGUGGAUGGACGAGUAACCAGACUUGAAAAGGUGUGCGGAAGAUUAGACGGGGUCUCUGCGAACAUCAAAGAGCUGAAAGAUGGACUGGAGAGACACGUUGGCAGCCUGCGGGACUGUGUCUACAGGAUGAAUGUCACCUGUGGACAUCAUGGUGCUGACAUAAUCACACUGCAGAAUUCCUUGCAGAGGUUCCAGGCACAGCUGUCUUCGAUGGCCAAGCAUGUUUUGAAAGACGUCGCUGCCAAAGAGCCAGGAAUGACCUUAAGGCCGGAGAGGCCUGCGUCUCUGCCAGACGCAACUCAGACCAGGACCAGAAUAAAACAAAUCCAGAUCCCUAUAAUCAUCCCGCCGCCGCCAUCCAGCCCCAGGCAGCCGUACAAUCCCGGCCAAGCAGCGCAGCCCAACGUGCACACAAUAAAGAUCAACUCGCCGAGCCAGCCGUCCGGCUCCCCGCAGCAGCCGGGCCACCACCAUCUGCCCCUGGUUCCCAUAAGGCCCGUCGUGGAGCAGGGCGAGGCCGGACCCCCGGGGUACAUGCGCAGGGUGACCGUGCGGAGGGGCUCCGAGCAGUCGUCCAGCGUGCCGGUCCAAGGGUUCGCUGGAGCACCAGGCUAUCCUCCCGUGCAGCCGGUGCCUUUCAAGCCUCAAUCAACCGGCCGCCGAGUUCCUAUAGCAACAAACGUGGCGUGGAAUCCGAUGCAUCAAGCUCUGUUUGAAUCGCCAGUUUCCGUGGACAACAGCGCCUUUGCCGACCCCUUCUCCUUCUCCGCGGGGCUCACACUGCAGCCCUUCUCCGGAGACUUUGGCAUCAUUCGCUUUAACAGGGUUCUAGUCAAUGACGGUGGAAACUACAAUCCCCAAACAGGGAUCUUCACUGUACCACUGGAUGGCCGAUACCUGAUUGCAGGCCUGCUGACCGCCAAGCAGGGCGAGCACGUGGAGGCCGUCCUGUCGGUGUCCAACCGCAGCGUCCAGAAGCUGCAGAGCGCGUCGGGGCCCUCGGCUGGUCAACAACACCGCGGCUCCUGCGGCUGCGGCGGCAACUCGGUGUCCUUCAGUCUCAUCCUGCCCCUGAGGAAGGGAGACCGCGUGGGCCUGGUGAGGACCGGGGGCCAGCUGGCCACCAGUGAAGCAAGGGAGAUCCUGUCCACCUACAGCGCCGUCUUCCUGUACGCACAACAGGCCCAGAGAUAGCUGGAGCGCACGUCACACGGACACUGAGAGGAAGAGACUGGUUUCGUUCCCCCAGAGAGAGAGAGAGAGAGAGAGAGAGAGCUGGACCGGAGGACACGCCGGAGAGACGAUAGUUUUCACUGGAUUGCUGUGACGUGAAGAUCCUCCAGUUAUAAGAUUCAGUUAAGAAGUCAUUGCAUUGUCAUUUGUAAGCCAUUUGCCUUAAGACGCCUGCAUACAAGUAGGAUUUGCUCCUAAUAUAUUUGAUUAUCAACUCGGCUUUUUUGUACCUAUUGUGAAUGUGUAAAAGUGUAAAUUAUAAAACAUUGAAAAUUCAUAAAAUGAAUUUUUUUAUUAUUAUAAUAAAACUAUAUCAGAGA